AUGGCGGAGGACACCAAACCACAGCUUAAAGGCAACCUGAUCAAAGAAAAUCCGAAUCUGGAUGCUGCUUUAACAACGUUGGUUGAGGCAUUCUACGAUGAUCCAGCAUCAGCCUAUUUCAGACGUGGUUUGAAGGGCAAGAGACUCGAGAGAUAUAACAAAGUGUUUUUUGCAGGGUUUGCUCGUGUUACUGCACUUCAAGGAAUGUUGUACGAAGUCGACAACUACUCAAACAUAUGCAUGUGGUUCCCUCCACACAUAUCCCUUGACUCGAACAUGUUUGCAACAGGCCUGCUUUUCGACAUUUUGCAAAUCCCGUUUAAAGUUACGGCAAGAAGUAUGUUUAAUUAUAGCCCAAAGGCCGACAAAGCAAAAGCCAAAUACUUCAAGAGCAUCGACUACGACUAUAAGACAAAGGGAUUAUACUACCUGCUUAUGACUGGAACAAGAAAUGAUAAGCGUGGAAAAGGCUUGUUAAAGUACAAUAUGCUGCCAGUGCUGGAAAAAGCAGACGAGGAAGGAGUUGCCUGCUAUCUUGAGAGUUCUAAACCGUCUAAUAUCCCAAUUUAUGAACGAUUCGGUUUCAAGGUAGUAGACAACUUCGAGUUAAAGGACAAGUUUGCCACCGUCCCCAUUGCUUGCAUGGCACGUUUACCUCCUGUAAAGUCGUAA